CUAAAAACUUUGAAAUCGUUGCAUGUUGUGUUUAUAUUUUGUUCAGUGUAGAUAAGGAGUUUAAUCCAGUAUGUUCGAACAUGAAAGAGGAAUGUGUGUGAAUGUAUUGUGGGAGGCACUGGUGCACGCUGCUGGUUUUUGAUUUAAUAAACUGGGAGGGAACUUAAUGACUUUCGAGGGCAGACCCUUGAUAGAUAGAUAGAGUUUAUGACCAAUAGAAGUUAAGUCGUGUUUUUCAGUACCCAACCAUAUCAAGAAUUUGUCCUUCGCCUCGCCCACUUGUAAGUAAAUUAGACACGAGAAUUUGGCUAGUUGAGCUGUUGUCAGUUUCAGACAAGAUUUGGCAAUAUUUUGUCAACGGUGUAGCUGAAUAGUUUACAUAAAGUAAAGUUAUAAUAGCCAACGGUAGAUGAAAAGGUUGGGUAUUUAAUAGGUUAAUUGUGAACUAAUGCAGGGAUAAUAUUUUAGAGGUUAUUUCUUUAUUUUAGUUCGAGAGAGAAGUUAGAGGAAAUCAUGGUCAUCACAAAAGAAGGCUGGCUGCUAGCAAGAAGCUAACCAUGUUGGAUAGCUAUCAUAAAUAAAUAUUGUAAACUGGCUAAUUUAAACCGAAGAAGAGGUAGCUAAAACUACUGAUUGUGAGCUUUGAUACGGUCGCCUGUUGAAGUCGUGAAGUGUUUUCGGCUGCUUCAUUUUGCACUUGGGGGGGAUGUCGUGCAGAAGUGAAGCGGCUCGGGGGGGCACCCCUUGUCUACAACCACUUCGAGCCACUGUCCCAUUCCAGCUUCACAACAAAGCACAACCGCGCUGCAAAGAUUCCAAGACGGGUGACAGGAACAAGUCUCGCCCCCCAAAGCCGACCAUUCGUCGCACCCUGUCCCUGGAUACAAUCGUUGGACCAUAUCUGCAGGGCCUGUGGCCUAAGGAGGGGGAGAGCCAAGGAGUCACCUGUGUCAAUGACAAGGCCACACAGACUCCCAGCUCCUGGGCAGAGGAGACUCGGGGAAGAAGAAGUGUUGGCGGACACAAACGCUCAGCAUCAUGGGGCAGCGCGGAACACUUGAGGGAGGUGGCUAAGCUCAGGCACCAGCUGCAGAAGCGCUCCCGACACGCCCCUCCCUCUGGGGGAUAUGAGCGUCCCCACCACCCGCUACCUGGAGGCCAUGCACCAGGCGCUACACAGACGGUGCCCCUGAGCAGGUUGGCCCCUCGGCUGCAGCGCAGUGUGGAAGGUCUGAACCUGGAGCUGGAGGGUGUCUUUGUGUCAGAGACACCUGAGGACCAGCACAAGAUCCUGGAUGUCCCAGACGGCCACAGAGCCCCAGUUCCUGCCCAGAGGUGCAGCAGUGGUACCCAGAGUGAGCCCUCCCCUGCCUCGUUCGACCCGGCUUUGCUCUCUCCAUCUGAGUCUCCCUGUGCCCUGAACCCGGCUCUACUCUCCCCAUCUCAGUCUCCCUACCCCAUCGGAGAGCCAGACCCUGUGGACUGUGAGACAAUGUGCCCCUCUCCCUCUCCAGUUGUUCUGGACCCCUUCCUGUUGCAGCCUUCCUCCUCCUCCCCUCGUCCCAACAAGACCUACUCCUUCCAGAGGGAGCCCCCUGAGGGCUGUGAGCGAGUACGAGUAGUGUGUGAAGAGGCUAUUUCUCCCUGUCAGAGAGAGCCUCUCCUCCAGGUAUCCUGCCCUGACCCCAACAAGGUGAAUUUCACUCCUCAUGGAGGCUCUGCCUUCUGCCCUGUCAGUCUGCUCAAGCCCCUACUGCCCUCCAUGGACCUCCUGUUCCGCGGCCUGUCAGUCUCGCCUGUCACAGGCUGCUCAGGUCAAGGCUCUGCCCCCUACCAGACAGUUGGGCAUUCGGUUGGCGGCUACAUGAGUGGACCCCUCCAGGACUCAACCACCAUGUGAAUGUGUAGAGGGGGUUGUUUUCAGACUGGUGAAGAUGUGGAUUUAUCCUAAUAGGAGAUUCAAUCAAAAUGGCUGCAACCACUUUGUCAGGGACUGUUGUGACAAUGACAAACCUCCAGAUCUAUUCAGCUAAGAUCAACAAAAAGAGAGACCAGAGAGACAUCUACAGUGGGUUCUCUGUGGGAUCAAGAUCAAAUCUGUCAUUGGUGUUCUUUCCUGAUUGGUUCUCAGAGGGACUUGCUGGCCACUGGGUACAUUGAUAGUCACUUACCCCCUUGGUUGGGUGGGGGGUAAAUUAGUUGUGGGAAUGUUUGUGUGAGACUGUGUAAAAAACGUAUUUUUAUACUACAAAACAUGGCCUUUCUCUGAUGCCCUUAGAUUUGUUACAGAUAUAGCUAGAGCUUGGAGUCAGAUGUACUUAUUAGUGAUACCCGGGUUGACUCAACCUGCUGUUCCCGCGGUUAUAUCAGCAGGGCGGACGGGUUUAGUCAUCAAAUAUUGUGUGGCUGAAGGGCGGUUGUUGAAUAAAGAGAAAACGAUACCUUAAAAAAAUGCAUAAAUGUAUAAUUCUUGUGCAAUUUAUAUCUAUAGGCUACAUUGAGGUUUUUCUUUCAUUAUUUUGGGCUAUCUGGUAUUAGUGCAUAAACCUAAGAUUUAGGGCUUAACUGUACAUGUACCAAAUAGCCUACACAGCAUAUCACCAAAUAUGCUUUUGGGAACGGGCAGAAAAAGUUAACGUCAAUCCAUGGAAGCAAAAAGGACAUUGUCGAAGUUUAGUUCAAUAAGACAAAAGCUGCGAAAGGAGAGUUGAAAAUAAAGCGAAGGGGCCUCCAGAGUGGCGCAGUGGUCCAAGGCACUGCAUCGCCGUGCUAGAGGCGUCAUUACAGACCCGGGUUCGAUCCCGGGCUGUAUCACAACUGGCCGUGAUCUGGAGUCCCAUUGGGCGGUUCACAAUUAGCCCAGCGUCGUCCAGGUUAGGUUAGGGGAGGGUUUGGCCGGGGGUGCUUGGCUCAUCGCGCUUU